GCCGUCCUUCUAGCAGCGCGGGCCGGUCGGACCGCCAAGGCAGUCGGCGCCCGGCGAUGGGAAGCGGCGCGGCCGCGGACCCAGGCUGUGGCAAAGUUUCCCAGACGUGCGUAUCAGGGCGCGCGGCUGCAGACCACCCGUGACUGCUCCGAGAAGGGCUCGGAGAUUUUUAAUUUGGAAGAAAAAAUCCACCUCAUUUCCUUUGUCAAGCUCUCUCUCCGGGCGACCAGCGGCGGGAGCUCCAAACUUGGGCACCGCGGCUCCACCGCCCGCGGUCCGGGCUUUGGAGAACGUCGGGACUCAGGUGCUUGGGCGCCCGGCGGCCGGAGGCGUGCUAGGGGGUGUGAGCACAGCACAGGGGAGUCCGGGGUGCGCAAAGAGGAGGGGCCCCCGGGAGCUCUAUAUGGAGGAGGGAGCCCAGAAUGGUGUGCACCAGGAAGACCAAAACUUUGGUGUCCACUUGCGUGAUCCUGAGCGGCAUGACCAACAUCAUUUGUCUGCUCUACGUGGGCUGGGUCACCAACUACAUCGCCAGCGUGUAUGUGCGGGGACAGGAGCCGGCACCCGACAAGAAGCUUGAGGAAGACAAAGGGGACACCUUGAAGAUUAUUGAACGGCUGGACCACCUGGAGAAUGUCAUCAAGCAGCAUAUCCAAGAGGCCCCCGCCAAACCUGAGGAGGCAGAGGCUGAGCCCUUCACAGACUCCUCUCUGUUUGCACACUGGGGCCAGGAUCUCAGCCCCGAAGGCCGGCGUGUGGCCCUGAAGCAGUUCCAGUACUACGGCUACAAUGCCUACCUCAGUGACCGCCUACCCCUCGACCGGCCCCUGCCUGACCUCAGACCCAGUGGGUGCCACAACCUCUCAUUCCCCAGCAGCCUCCCAGAGGUGAGCAUCGUAUUCAUCUUCGUCAAUGAAGCACUCUCCGUGCUGCUGCGCUCCAUCCACUCAGCCAUCGAGCGCACACCUCCGCACCUGCUCAAGGAGAUCAUCCUGGUGGAUGACAACAGCAGUAAUGAGGAGCUGAAGGAGAAGCUGUCAGAGUAUGUGGACAAGGUGAACGGCCAGAAGCCAGGCUUCAUCAAGGUCGUGAGGCACAGCAAGCAGGAAGGCCUUAUUCGCUCCAGGGUCAGUGGUUGGAGGGCCGCCACUGCCCCCGUAGUGGCGCUCUUUGAUGCCCACGUGGAGUUCAACGUGGGCUGGGCUGAACCCGUGCUCACCCGCAUUAAGGAGAACCGGAAACGGAUCAUCUCGCCAUCCUUUGACAACAUCAAAUACGACAACUUUGAGAUAGAAGAGUACCCGCUGGCCGCUCAGGGCUUUGACUGGGAGCUGUGGUGCCGCUACCUAAACCCCCCUAAGGCCUGGUGGAAACUGGAGAACUCCACGGCCCCAAUCAGGAGCCCUGCCCUCAUUGGCUGCUUCAUUGUGGACCGGCAAUACUUCCAGGAGAUCGGCUUACUGGAUGAAGGCAUGGAGGUCUACGGAGGCGAGAACGUCGAGCUCGGGAUCAGGCCUAUCGUGUACAUCUGCCACGGGAUGACGCCCCAGAACGUGUACUACACGAGCAGUCAGCAGAUCCAAGUGGGCGUCCUGAGCCCCACGGUUGACGACGACGACAACCGGUGCCUGGUGGACGUCAACAGCCGGCCGCGGCUCAUCGAAUGCAGCUAUGCCAAAGCCAAGAGGAUGAAGCUCCACUGGCAGUUCUCUCAGGGAGGCCCCAUCCAGAACCGCAAGUCCAAGCGCUGCCUGGAGCUGCAGGAGAACAGCGGCGCAGAGUUUGGCUUCCAGCUGGUGCUGCAGAGGUGCUCGGGCCAGCACUGGACCAUCACCAAUGUCCUGAGGAGCCUGGCGUCCUGACCCCGCCGGGAGUCGUCUCACGCCCCGCCCCUUUGCUACUGUGUAGCACCCGCUGCAACGCUGCCUGCUGUCCGUGUGGGGUUGUUUGGAGUCUGGGGAACCAGGUUGGUGGGCCCCCAAAAGAGCUUUUUAUUUCCUAUUCAAUUUUCAUGGAGUUUAUAGAAAGAGGCCGAACGGUGGGUGAGGGUAUAAUAUCAUAAACUAUUUUGCAACUGUAAAUAGGGGACACAUGGAAAAUAUUUAUA